GAAGAAUUAUUCGAAUAUUAACAAUUAUACUCUAGUUAAAGAUGAUAUUUUCGCCUCACAUAAGUUUUUCGCGUGUAUUUUUAUUGAUGAGAACAUAGUCGAUUCAGGUUUGAAUUGUAAAAACAAAGUUCCGUUUUAUACUAAAUACAAAUUGGAAUUGGAUGUGCGUAAGCCGAGGAUUAAUGGACAUGUCCAGAUAUCGAAGCGAUCAGGGAAUUCUCGAAAUUUUGGAUGUUUACACGCAGGUAUGCAGUUGUAAUAAAAGGAACGAAGCUUUUUCUGACGUCAAACGAUUCCACCUGACAUUGGCCUUCGAUCGUGUCUCCAACAUGCACUCCUCGUAUAUAAACGAGCGCCGCCAGCAAACAGCAACACAACUCAUCCAGAGUCCGCACAGUGAACAGCUCAAGCUACAACAACAGCGUUCUUACCAAACAAACUACAACAACAAAUCAAAGAUGUACACCAAUCCGUUCAACCGCAAACACUGCACCAUCCGCCAGAUGAUCGACAAAUUCCUUCAUCCGGACAGCAACAACAACCGGAAAUUGAAAACGAGAUCAUCAAACAGCUCUUUAUCUUCAACCGGAUCAAGUGCAUCAUCAUCAAGUGCUUCAAAGUGCAGUGGUUAUGGGCAAAGAAACAUUGUCCCAUUCGCAAAGUGAAUACCUAUUACUAUAAAAUCAUCAUCCAGAAGAUUUUUAAACUGGGAAUUAUGGAUUACCACAAGCUCGAUACGAUUAUAAGACUUGUCGAGCGAUCAAAAAUCCUGCAAUUGGAUAUUGCCGCGCCGCGCCAAUUGAAGGUGAUUACAAGCAAUUGGUCAAUUCCAACCAAUUGAGAGAGGUGCAUAAGCCAUGGGUUGGGACUCGCAUCCAUCGCAUCCCAUUGGAUAUUAUUUGUUGCAUUUAUUAUUAUUAUGCAGAUUUAC